AUGGAGAUCAUUGGAGAUGCCAGUCUCGGCCGAUACAACAAAGUCUCCCGAAUGCGCAUCCAGAAGGUCGAAAACGUCAACAAGUGCCUUGAAUUUAUCCGCCAGCGUGGAGUCAAUCUGACCAACAUUGGAGCUGAGGAUAUUGUGGACGAGAACCUCAAGUUGAUUUUGGGCAUGAUCUGGACCCUUAUUCUGAGAUUCACUAUCGCCGACAUCAGCGAGGAGGGUUUGAGUGCCAAGGAGGGAUUGCUGCUGUGGUGCCAGCGCAAGACCGCACCUUACCAAGAAGUCAAUGUCCGCGACUUUACGUACAGUUGGGCUGAUGGCUUGGCAUUCUGUGCAUUGAUUCAUCGCCACCGCCCCGAUCUUCUGGACUUUGAUUCGCUGGACAAGUCGGAUAGACAUCGCAACACUCAGCUGGCCUUUGAUGUCGCGGAGGAGCACUUGAACAUUCCCAAGCUGCUGGAUGUGGAAGAUGUGUGCGAUAUCACAAAGCCAGAUGAGCGCUCCAUCAUGACCUACGUCGCGCAAUAUUUCCAUGCCUUUUCCGAGCUCGGCAAAGUCGACACUGCUGGUCGUCGCGUCGCCAAGUUUGCAGAGGUCGUGGAGUCUGUCUGGACUAUGGAAAAUGACUAUGAGAGACGCGUCAAGGCCUUGAUGCAAGCUAUCGACAACAAAAAGUCCGAAUGGGAGUCGUCGACUUUCAGAGGAGACUAUGCAGAUGCAAAGCGACAGUCUCUCGAGUUCAUUAACUACAAGACGUCCUUGAAGCGCACAUGGGUCGCUGACAAGCGUGAUAUCGAUACCCUCCUGGGUAACAUUCAGACCAAGUUGAAGACGUAUGAGCUGAGGCCAUACUACCCUCCUCACGGUUUGACACUUCAGGACCUCGACCAUUUCUGGAAGGAACUCCUGGGAUCUGAGGAAAAGAGAUACCGGCUCAUCAAUGCCAAAAUCCGAGACAUCAAAGAGAAGUUGAGACGCGACUUCGCGGAGCAGGCGAACGGUUUCCAAGCCAUGGUCAACAGCAUCUCGAACGAGCUGGCUCUACUCGAUGGUGACUUGGACUUGCAACUGGCCCAUGUUCGCCAACUGGGGACUCAUCUUGGAUCCAUGGGUGACAAUUUGGAACAGAUUCAGCGCUUAGAUGACCAGUGCGUCGAGGCCAACAUCGAGGAGAACGACUACACCAUUUACUCUGCCGACGACCUUUCGUUUGAUUUCGGAUUGCUUGAACAGGCUCUGCAAAAGAAGUCAGCCUUUAUCUCCAACCAGAUUGUCUCUCGUAAUAUGACAAACUUGACUCCAGCACAAUUGGAAGAGUUUGAAAGCACUUUCCGCCACUUUGACAACAACCAGACCAACUCGUUGUCGUCGGCCGAGUUCAACGCCGCAUUGGCCAGUUUGGGCAUCAUGUAUGAGGAUGAUGAGUUUGCUGGUGUGUUUGCACAAUGCACUCAAGGAGGCGCGGAGGUCACUUUUGAACAGUUCAUUACGUUUAUGGUCGGAGUGACAGAGGAUCGCACAUCGGCCGAUCAGGUCCGUGAAUCGUUCCGAGUGGUGGCAGGCGACAAGCCAUUUGUGACAGAGUUAGAUCUGAAGCAGUCGAUGCUUCCACCUGCAGUUGUGAGCUACCUCCAGUCAACGAUGCCUCACUCUGAUGUUGGCGAGGGAUACAGCUAUGAAGCUUACCUUGAUAGCGUUUUUAGCAAGUAG